UCUCCCCGUCAUCAUUCGGCCCUGUCCGUCAAUCCUCCACACGGCACAUAUCCUCCCUCGGCUCUCCCCGUCAGCAUUCGGCCCGUUCCGUCAAUCCUCGACGCUGCACACGUCCUCCCUCGACCCUCUCCUCCACCACUCGGCUCUCCCCGUCACCAUUCGGCCGGCUCCGUCAGUCCUCGACACUGCGCACGUCCUCCCUCGGCCCUCUCCGCCAGCUGUCGCUACUUUCCGACUUUCUGGGCUCUCGGCCUCGAUCCAAGGAUCUAGGGCCCCAACACCUGGAGACGGCGGGAUCCGCUUGUAUAUGAUGCGCCUCAGGAAGCCCCAGCAUAGUCUCGGGGUGAAGGUCUAUUCUGAGGAAGGGACAUCAAUGACCUUCACUGCUAACGUGAAUGACAGAGUGAAGAUCAAUGAACACGUCCGGGCUAAGACCAAGGUUCCCGUGCAAGACCAGGUCCUUCUGAUGGGCUCCAAGACUCUAAAGCCCCAGAGGAAGCUGUCAUCUUACGGCAUUGACAAGGAGACGACCAUCCACCUCACUCUGAAGGUGGUGAAGCCCAGUGAUGAGGAGCUGCCCUUGUUUCUGGUGGAGUCAGGUGAUGAGGGGCAGAGGCACCUCCUCCAGGUGCGAAGGUCCAGCUCAGUGGCCCAGGUGAAACAGAUGAUAGAGACCAAGACUGCUAUCAUGCCUGAGAAACAGAUUGUGACUUGCAACGGCAAGAGGCUGGAAGAUGGGAAGACCAUGGCAGAUUAUGGCAUCAGAGGGGGCAAUUUACUCUUCCUGACAGACUACUUCAUUGGGGGGUGAGCCUGCCAGGAAUGGGUGAUAUUAGGAGCAAAAGAGCUUACUGUUAGCUCUUAAUCCACCCACAUCCUUUGAUGAUUUCCCCAAAUUAACGAGAAAGAUAAAUAGAGAAAAUUAGGGGUGAAGUGGGGAGGAAGACUGCAGAGAACUUUCUAACUCCAUGAUUUUUUGAUCUAACAUAAUUGAUUAGGUGGCUGCAUUGUGUAUAUUACUGAAAACAGAAAAUAACAUUUUAAGGCACAGGAGAGAUAGCAUCAAAGCCAGCUUGCAAUUUAAUCCUUUCCUGGUUCCCUCUGAUUUUUAGAAAAAUUCCUAUUUCUUCUUCUGUCCAACAAGAUAGCAAGUUUUACAUUGGCAUCCAUGUUCCCCUAAUUUCUGUGUUUAC